AUGGUCGCUCACGAUGAAGAAGCCGAUGCCUUGCUUGAGGAGUUUGAACUGCGAGAGGAGGUCAAGGUCCGAGAUGAUCGAACCCCGCCUUCAGUGUGUCGCACGUGCGGUUGGAGAUGGAUAACAGCUCUUAUCGUGGUCGCACUACUAUCGGCAAUCGGGGUCGUAGUGGUAUUGCAUGGUCCGUUAAGCAACCAGUUGAGCGAUGAUGCUACCAGUCAUCUUGGGUACCGACUCCAUCCUCAGAGUCAUGCAUCACGUCCCCCAACAACACAAUCUUUCAACUGGACUAUUACAGCUGGGACCAGAUCACCAGAUGGAGUUGAGAAAAGAGUGUACCUUGUCAACAAUGAGUUUCCAGGACCCCUCAUCGAGGCCCGGUCUGGUGACCGACUUGUAAUUCAUAUUCACAAUGGCGUUCAAGAUGAAGGUGUAUCUCUUCAUUGGCACGGCCUGCGCAUGAAAGACCAGAACAGUGUGGACGGUGCUGUUGGGUUUACACAAUGUCCUAUCGCUCCCGGUAGAAGUUUCACGUACAACUUCACCAUUGGCGCUGAAGAACAUGGGACCUUCUGGUGGCAUUCCCAUUCCGAUGUUCAACGUGCCGACGGCCUAUGGGGAGGUCUGAUCGUACACUCACCAGAUGAGAUUGAUUUGCAACGUGAAGAAUACUUACUCAUGGUCGGCGACUGGUUUCACCAGAAUCAAACGGAAGUACUACGCUGGUAUGCUGAUGCGAGUAGUCGAGGGAAUGAACCCGUCCCAGAUUCAUUGUUGGUCAAUGGUCAGGGACGCUUCAACUGCUCCAUGGCUGUUCCUGCGAGACCAGUUGCUUGCUCUCAGGUCCAGUUUAGUGACCUCAAGCCCCUCAUGAUGUCUAGGAGCCAGAAGAAGGCCAGACUUAGAGUUGUCAACACAGGCUCCGUCGCAGGCCUUUCCCUAAGAGCUGGUGGAGCAAUCAUUCGACCAGUUCGCGUGGAUGGAGGCUUCGCUGUCAAAGCUGAAGCUACUGAAACAGUUGGUAAUCUCUAUCCUGGUGAGAGAGUUGACCUCGAGGUUGAGUGGAAGGGGAACCACGCGGGAGACCAUCGGCUGACCGUUUAUCUUGAUGACGAAAACUUUGGCUAUCCCAACCCAGCACUUAACCCAACCCAAAGCUUCCCAAUGUUCAGCUCAAGCACAAAGGAAUCAUCCAAUGAACCUGUUCCUCAGCCUUUGGAACAAGAUGAGAUCCAAGUCCUUGACUCGCAUAAUCUCAAAGCCGCAACGAAGGUAUCGGACCUCCCAGCAAAGGCAGAACAGACUAUCCUGCUUUACGCUAAGGUUGAGAAGCUGGCGCACAUGGACUAUGCACCAGUCGGAUUCAUCAAUCAUACAUCCUGGACGCCACAAACUCCACCUUUACUGGCUCAAAACCGGACUUCAUGGGACGAGAACCAACUCAUCCCAUUUAUCGGGAUAUCAGACAGCAAACCGAAGAGAGUCGACAUCGUCAUCAACAACCUGGAUGAUGGCGCGCAUCCGUUUCAUCUUCAUGGACAUUCAUUCUACGUUCUAUCAUCAUACCGAAAUCCAGGUCGUGGGAGCUGGGGCAGUUAUAAUCCGUACACAGACGAGGCGCCACCGAACGGCUUGAAUCUUGAGUUUCCGGUGCGAAGGGAUACUUGGAAGCAAGCAAUGUCUGAAACGCCUGAGCCAACACGCCAAGCGUCGGCUGCUCCCGAGGCCCCAGCGACUACUGAAGCGUCUCCAGCUCCUGCAACUACCGAGUCAGCAGCCUCUCCACCCGCUGCCACGUCGGGUCCUAUUCUUGACCCGCAGCAUUGGGCGCAGGUCAAUGAGGAACAAGCACAAGCUGAGGCUGAGGGUGCGGGUGGUGACAAUGCAGAUGCUGACUCAACCCUUGACCCGGAUAACGCCUCAUCGACUGCUUCCAUCACCUCAAGCAUUCUAGAAUACAGAACUAUUCAUGGUCGCACCUAUCACAGCGAGCAGGGAAAUGCUCAAUAUUGGGCCUCCAACGACGAGCAGCAAAAUGAUUUGAUGGAUCUCACUCACCAUAUUCUUACCCUUGGUCUUGGAGAUAAACUUCACCUGGCUCCUCUCAAAGAAGAGAAGCUUCAUCAAGCUAUUGAUAUCGGUACCGGUACCGGUAUCUGGGCUAUUGAUUUCGCCGACCAAUACCCUGGCGCUGAGAUCAUCGGGACCGACCUCUCACCCAUCCAGCCCUCUUGGGUUCCUCCCAACGUCCAAUUUGAGAUUGAAGACUGUACCCGUGAAUGGACUUUCAAGUCUGACUUCGCCGAUUACAUCCACGUGAGAUGGCUGAUGGGCAGCGUACGAGACUGGGACGCCUUCUUCUCCGAAGCCUACAGAGUCUGCAAACCCGGCGCCUGGAUUGAAAGCCACGAAGCUUCCUGCAACGUAAGCAGCGAUGAUGGUACUGUCGCCCCUAACUCUGCUAUGGGCCACUGGGGUGAAUUCUUCAAAGAGGGCGGUAAGAAGAUUGGUACAAGCUUCAGUGUCGUUGAGGACGGUACUCAGCGCAAGGCUAUGGAAAAGGCCGGUUUUAUCAACAUCCAGGAAUUCGACUUCAGAAACCCUGUUGGCACCUGGCCCAAGGACCCUGUUGAGAAGCGCAUGGGUGCCUAUUCUAAGUAUGGUCUCGAGACAGAUAGCGAGGGCUUUAUUCUCUUUAUGGCGCAUACACUUGGAUGGACGAGAGAGGAGAUUCUUGUUUAUAUCGCCCAGUUCCGAAGAGAGAUUCGCUCUGGAAAGCAUCACGGAUACUUUGCUCAAAAGGUUGUUUGGGGACAGAAGCCCGAAACUACAGCUGCCUAGGCGGCAUGGACACCAAGCCUUCUCACGAUGCCUAAAAGACAAUUAUGACUAUCAAAAUGACAACAUUUAUAUAUAUAAAAGAAAUUCAAUCUUGAGCUGCCGUUUUUCAUAUGAG